CGCUCUUGCUGGAUCCUGGCUGAGUUUCGCUGCCACAGCCAGCACAGCGGCUCAUACUACAGACUGUCUGUGGAGCAGAGCGAAGCCGCACGCAGCUCACCUAACAGGCAGGAGCAGCAGCGUGCCAGACACUCCUGCUCGUUUCUACUGAUGUGACAACAGGAGUGGGUGUGUGAAUGAGUGUGUGCGUGUGUGUGUUUGUGUGUGAGUGUGUGUAUGUGUGUGUGUGUGAGAGAGAGAGAGCUGCUGCCAGGAGCUGAACUGCAGGUCGGCGCAGGUGGCGCUCAUCUCUGGAGGACGCACAGCUGGACAUGGAUUACUGGUGCCCGUCUUCGCCGCUUUGGAUUUAGUUCAGACGCCGCGCAGCCCCCGCGCCUCCUCCCGGCGAAGCGAGUGCGCCAAGAACAGGUGGAUCCUGUUUGUGUGCUCAGCCUUAUCCUCCAUCCACCUUUCACCUUUAUGGGGAACCAGGUGGAGAAGCUGACGCAUUUGAAUUACGCAGAGGUGCCAACGUCGGACCCAAAUGGGUUCGACCCGGACGACGACGGGCCCCGGAUCGGCGUCUCUUACAUCUUCUCCAACGACGACGGCGACGACGACCAGGACGACAAUUUGGGCCACUUCUCGUCCGUCAACAACGCGGUGAGUCACGAUGAGAAGCCCUUCGACCCGCAGGACGAGCUGGACUGCGCGAUCCACUACCGAGACGAGUGUGUUUACGAGAGGAGCACCGGGGCCGCCACGCAGUCCGCCGAGAGCCUCCUGAACAAGUGCAGACCCGGAGACCUGCUGGAGUUUGUGGCCACGGGACAGUACCCGCACUGGGCCGUGUAUGUCGGGGACUUCCAGGUGGUGCACCUGCACAGGGCUGAGAUAAAGAACAACUUUCUCACCGACGUGAGCCAGGGCAAAAAGGGCAGGAUAGUGAACGGCCUCUACAGGUACCGUGCGCUCCCGCCGGAGGUGAUUGUGCGCAACGCCCUGGACCACGUCGGGUCGAGGGACAGAGAGCUGUACUGGAGGAACUCGGAGUGCUUCGCCGCUUGGUGCCGCUUUGGCAAGCGGGAGUUCAAAAUCGGCGGGGAGAUCCGGAUAGGAAAGCAGCCGUACAGGUUAAAAUUGCUCUUCUCGGAGAAGAAGAGUCACGUCCUGGAGUUUCAGAGCCUGGAGGAUGUGAUCAUGGAAAAGAGGAGGAACGAUCAGAUUGGCAAAGAUGCCGUGAUGCAAGAGCUGGCCAACCACCUGAACGCAACACACGAAAUCAAAGAGGAUCAUUUUGUCAACUGAUUGUGCAUUCUCUGGUCGUCUGGCACAGAAAAAGAUGUUAAGUGGAAAAUGGCCUCUUUUUCUUUUUCUUGUUGAAGAACAGAGCGUGUGUUGAGGGAGAGUGUAUCUCUCCUGUCAGAGCUUAGCUGUGGGCCUGUGCACAUGUGCCACUCUGCAAACAAAAGUGUAUCUUCAGAGGGAGUUAAAAUUCACCCGAAGAAAAAAAAUCCUUUUUUUUUUUCGCUCCAAAAUGAGAGGAAAAGCCCUGACAUCUGGGGUGACACUGGUGUGUCUGGGUGAAUUAGCAAAGCAGCUCCCAAGGGUUCAAACUAAAUUACCACAAGUUGAUUUGCCUCAGAAUCAAGUGAGAAUUGCACACUGGGUGAUUUCCUCUCCUCUUUCUAAGGAAAAAAAAAACUGUUUCCACACAACCAACCUGAGGUGAAGUGACUUGUUUUGACGGAUACAUUUGCAUCGGAGCUGCACCUGCAGUCUAAUCAUUUGGGGAUGAAGUCAGAAUUUAAUUGCCCAUAAUUAUCUUUUUUUUUUUUUUUUUCUAAUCCAAUGAAUCUUUUGCACAGAGGAGCAAAACCUCUCCAAUGUACUUGUACCUGUCGAGAGUGCUGAAAGCGCCCGCUCCUCGUACAACUCAGGUGCUGGAGAUCAAUACAGAGUGGAAGAGAGACGACUUGUUGCUGUUGUUGUGUGCCAACCUUUAACACCCCCCCCCCCCCCCCCCCGUUUCUGUUGCUCUAUAUCCCAUCACCACAAAGCUUUGCCCACUCUCUGACUACCUUGUGGACGCUGUUCACGGCUAUGGCAGUGCACUUGUAUUGAUUCAUCCGUUUAAACAGUUUUAUUUUUUUGGAGAAGAAAAGAAAAAAAAGAUGUUUGUAUGACGGAAUAAGGAAAUAAAUAUAUAUUUGAACAGUAAA